AACAGGAAAGAACCUUAUAUUUUCUUCACAGAGAAAUCUCCGCAAACUCCACAGAACUGAACAAUGAGAGUUUCAAACUGCGUCCUCUUGUUCUUCACUUCCCUGGUUAUCUUCUUCCCAACAAUCUCCCUUUCCCUAGAUUCCUUGACUGCAACUAAUUCUAUCACUAAUGACCAAACCCUCAUCUCCUCCGGCGAUGUUUUCGAGCUGGGAUUCUUCAGUUCCGGUAGUUCAGUUUCAGACAAAUGGUACGUUGGGAUUUGGUACAAGAACAUUCCUCAGAGAACCUACGUGUGGGUUGCCAACAGGGACAACCCACUUUCUAACUCCUCCGGAGUUUUCAAGGUUGUAGAUCAGAACAUUGUUCUUCUGGACCAAAAUCAGAAACCGGUCUGGUCAUCGAACAUAACGAAGGGUAGUAACACUGUUGUGGAGCUGUUGGAUUCUGGAAACUUGGUCCUGAGAGAAGCAGAGGAUCCCAACAACUAUCUCUGGCAAAGUUUUGAUUUUCCGACCGAUACCCUGUUGCCGGACAUGAAGCUGGGUUGGGAUCUGAACACAGAUUUGGACAGGUACUUGACGUCAUGGAGAAGCCCAGCAGACCCGUCUUCAGGGAAUUUCUCGUUAAAGCUUGAUUACCAAGGAUCCCCGGAAUAUUUCCUUUGGGACAAUAAACAGAUAGAAUACAGAAGCGGGCCCUGGAACGGCGUGACGUUCAGCGGCUGUCCAAACAUGAAACUGCUGGAUUUUCUCCAGUUCGAGUUUGUCACCAAUCAAGACGAGGUGACUUACUCAUACUCUGUUACAACCAAGAAUCUGUUUCCCAGGCUGAUAGUGAAUCCCACCGGAGUUCUUGAGAGAUUAACCUGGAUUCCGGACACCGAACAAUGGAACCAAUACUGGUAUGCACCGAAGGACCAGUGCGACCACUACCAGGAGUGCGGUCCCUACGGUAUCUGCGACGCGAAUGCAUCCCCUGUUUGCAAGUGUCCGCGAGGGUUCGAGCCGAAGAACUUGCAGGCGUGGAAUUUGAGAGAUGGAUCAGAUGGGUGUAUGAGGAAGACGAAUUUGGAGUGCAUGGGAGACAAAUUCUUACACCUGAGAAAUGUGAAGCUGCCGGAAACUACCACGGCGUUUGUGGAUCGGAAUAUUAGUCUUAAGGACUGCAGAGAUCUGUGCCUGAAGAAUUGUUCUUGCACUGCUUAUGCUAACGCCGAUAUCAGAAACGGUGGCACGGGGUGUGUCAUCUGGGUCGGCGAACUUCUGGACAUCAGAGAGCUCCCCUCCGGCGGUCAGAAUCUGUUUGUUCGAUUGGCUGCUUCUGACCUCGGCAAGUUCCAUUUUCUCCUUUCUCUAAUUUUCACAUUUUUAUAGGUUAAAUGGCAAUUUUAGCUCCUUGACUUUAUAAUUUUUCACAAUUUUCAUCUUUUAAU